AUGGAAAGCAAAGCUGUUGUCUCAAUGUUCUUAACUGUAUCUUUAUGUGCUGCCAUUUUUGUCACUCAAGGAGUAGCUCAAACGCAAACGCCACCGACGAUUCCUGGAAUUUUUCCUCCCGGUUUACCUGUCGAUCUGGUGAAAUGUUGGUCGUCUCUAUUUAACGUGGAAGGAUGUGUGCUCGAAAUCUCCAAAUCGAUCUUCUCUGGAAAAUUUGAAAAUGUAGAAGCCGCAUGUUGCAAGGCAUUUUCGGCCUUAGACGCAAACUGUUGGCCACAAAUGUUUCCUUUGAAUCCAUUCUUUCCUCCUCUCCUCAAGGAAAACUGUGCUCGCAUCGCCCCCAACUCCCCGGCACACAAUUGA